AUGGGUGGAUGUAUCUCAAUUCCUGACAAAAAAUUCAAACCAAAAGCAAAAUACUUCCGCAGGCCUAGAAAGACCCGUAGAAAGAUCACCUUAUCCGUUUCUGUUGCACCUAUUGAAGAGUUCAGUGAUGCACACAAUGGAACCCACCCAUCUGUGCCUGAAUUCACUUUGAUGAACACCACAACACAAGCCCGAACCAGAUGCACAAGACCUGAGUUACCAUUUUUGACUUUAGAAUGCAACCAGUCAUCAUGGGAAAAUGAUCUAGCCACUGUGAAUGAAGGAAUAUGCAAAGAGGAAGCAUGGUUUGACUCUCCAAGUGCCUUAGAGUCAGAUUCCGAUGAAGAUUUUGUCAGUGUCCAUGAAGAUUUUUCCCCUUCCACAAUAGAAGACAUAAGUACCCUUUCAAUGGCAAAGAAUGAAAGCAAUUCAUGCUUUGUCGAGUGUGGAACUUUACAAAAUGUCUAUGGUGGCAAAAAUGAAAAGACAAAAGUUGAUAAUGAGGAAGUGAGUAUCUAUAAUUCGAGCAGAACUGCUACUAGCAUUCUAAUCUCAGAACGAGCUGAUGAAGUUUCUCUCGCAAAGAAGAAAACUGUGGAUGAGCUUAGUGAAAGUGUCAAGGCUCUGAAACCGGAUGCAUUUCAACAUUGUGGAAAAACUGAAGAAAAGGAUUUUAAGUCUUUGAUACCUCAGUUGGUUAACCAUGGAACGCUAAAUUCAAUCUCGACAUCAAAAUUAGGAAAACCAACGGCUAUAAAGGUUACCAUUACAAGCACACUCCAUGAUGGAGAUGAGACAACUGAAUUCCGUCCAUCUAAGAGAUUUAUGUAUUGUCACAAAGUUGGACUUACGCUACCUCGCAUGACAGAUAAGAACACAGCCCAAGGAUGCUGGUGUCCUCUUUCACCUUCUGUUUUUAAGCUUCGUGGAGAAAAUUAUUUCAGGGACAAAAAGAAGAUGUCUGCUCCAAGUUAUAGCCCUUACAUUCCAAUUGGUGCUGAUCUAUUCGCCUGUUCUCGGAAAAUACAUCAUAUUGCACAGUACCUUGAACUUCCAGUUUUGAAAGCACAUGACAAAGUGCCAUCGUUGCUGAUUGUUAAUGUUCAGCUACCUAGUUAUCCUGCAUCAAUGUUCCUUGGAGAGACUGAUGGGGCAGGAAUGAGCCUGGUACUGUAUUUCAGAGUUUCUGACAAUUUUGACAAAGAGAUUUCUCCGGAGUUUCAGGAAUCCAUAAAGAGAUUAGUUAUGGAUGAUAUGGAAACGGUAAAAGGAUUCGCAAAAGAGUCGACGGUUCCAUACAGAGAAAGACUGAAAAUUCUAGUUGGUUUGGUUAAUCCUGAAGACCUGAGGUUGAAUUCUGCUGAGAAGAAGCUUUUACAUGCCUACAAUGAAAAGCCGGUCCUUUCUCGCCCUCAACAUGCUUUCUACAAGGGAGCAAACUAUUUUGAGAUUGACCUGGAUGUCCAUAGAUUCAGCUAUAUAUCAAGGAAAGGACUUGAUGCAUUUCGGGAGAGGUUGAAAUACGGGAUUCUUGAUCUGGGGUUAACAAUUCAGGCGCAAAAACCUGAAGAGCUACCAGAGAAAGUGUUAUGUGGUGUUAGAUUGAAUAAAAUUGAUUUUGAGAAUCAUGGACAAAUCCCUGAAAUUGUAAUUCUUGGUAACGAUUGA